AUGUCACAUAAACAGACCUGCAGCGAGGCCUUUGGGGUGUGCGCUCAAGCUGCAAACGUUCCUACAAUGCCGAGCACAGUUGGGGUGUUCCGGUUGCAACGUCUGUACUACGGCAUCACCAUCGCCAUCGUGUCGUUCGCCACAGCAAUGACAGUGUUUGUGCUCAACAUACAUCACAAGGGCGCCCGCGGCAGGGAAGUGCCCAGGAUUGCCAAGAAGAUUUUCUUUGGCGUUGUGGCCAAAAUCAUGUUUAUCCAUCUAGAGCUGGACGACCCUCCGGCCUCGCCGAAACCUGGCAACGGACCUAGAGGCCUGCGCUGCUCGCUAGACUUCUCGUCGUGGACCUAUGACGCAGCAGGUUUGAACCUCCUGACGCUAGGCCCCGACAACCAGGGCGACGUGAGUAACUACAAAAAUAGCACGGAGUGGCAGCUCAUCAGUUAUCUUCAAGAGAGAGAGGUGUAUCAGACGAUAGAGAAGAACGAGAUGCGCUUGGAGGAUCAGGACAGACGUGACGCCAUCAAGAACGAGUGGCAGCAGCUGGCAAUGGUCAUUGAUCGUCUGCUGCUUUUCUUCUUCAUCAUGUUGACGGCCGGCAUCACGCUUGCUCUCAUACUACCUGGCUACUAUGCCCAAGCCGCCAUCACCUCGUGA